AUGGCGGCGUUCUACACCUUCGAGGAUCUCAGUGGUGGCAAAAAUACACCCACUACUUCCGAAAACCCUUACGACGGCUUGAUUGAGGCUUGCAACAAUGACUGUACGGCAAUUCAAGCCCGAUACAGCACGCAUCGCACGGCUCGUAAUGCUCAACAGCGCGAGAAGCUGCUUGGUGCUGACUUUGCUGGGGUGAGCGUUGAUGAGGUUCUGGCUAAGCUCGAAGAUCCCACAAUCGAACCAGGCUUCAAGGACUGGCGGCACUGUCUUGUAUUUUGGGCACGACCACCACAAUCAGUGCGUGACCUGAUCGGUGAGGUGCAGAAGAAGCUUCUGGCUGUGGCGCCGACGUCCAAGAUCGACGAGCUAGUCAGACAGAUACUUCCAGGCUCUUCCGAAAUCGUGGACUACACUCAUAACCAUCAAGCACGACUUGUGAAGCCUCUAGUCAGCUUCGAUGCCCAAGCUCUUGCACUGUCCUUCUUGCCUGCAGCCGGAGAACCAGGUCGAUCGCGGCAGAAAGACGGCUAUUCAUACCACCACUUACGCCGCGAUCUGUACACCAAAGUCUCGGCGACUAGUGUGAAAGUGGCCAGUCGAUAUGUGAUUCCUUCUGCUCAUCUCACCAUUGCUCGCUUUGUCACGAAGAAGGAUUUUGAGACCGCAGAUGGCACAGUCGAUCAUGCCAGAGUCCAGAAGCUGGUCGAUACGAUUGAAGAAGUCAAUGCAUGGCUAAGGGAAGAGUACUGGCCAAAAUCGGACGGCAUCAAAGAGGGCGGCGAAUGGGUCGUCGGUCAAGACAAAGGACUGGACUUUAAGCAUGGUGCCCUUUGGUAUGGCGGUGGCGAAACAGUGACACUUGGUAAAGGCUUCUGA